AUGAGUGAACAAACUUUGUCCUUUAAGGUCUGUAUCAUUGGGAACGAAAAGGUCGGGAAAACGAGUCUAGUCAAGCGUCUGUUGUUUGACACAUACAGUGAACCUGUUGAAGCAUUUGAAGACAUUGCUGUCAGUAAAAAAGUGACAUAUAUGGGGAAGGAAGUGACAUUAAUCUUUUACGAUCCUUUAGACAAUGGGAUGUCCACGACUGCGUCGUUUUAUAAUGAAGCGCACCUCUUGGUCGCCGUCUUUUCUCUGAACACAAAAGACUCCCUUGAGAACUGCAAAUAUUGGUUGUCGUACGGUGAGCGCUACAUCACACGAAAGUACUUGAAAGUGCUUGUCGGGCUUGAAGCUGAUUGUACCGAUCGAUUGUAUAAGAAGGAAGACGGAGAAGCACAAGGCAACGCAAUGAUGUGCAAAUACUUUGAAGUGUCUGCAAAGACUGGAGAUGGGGCUAAAGAGUUCAUGGAUGGCAUUCUUAACAUGCUCUUUGUCGAAAAUCACCUCAUCGGCACACAAAGCGAAAAACCCAAAAAGGAUGGGAAAAAGGGAAAGUGCUUGUUACUCUAA